AUAAUAAAUACAUUUUUGAGCUAGCUAAUAAGUAAAGAUUUUGGCAACGCAUGAUGGGCGACAACGUCGAGGCCAAGGAGAGCGACAGUGAGAACGAGGAUCUUGGCGAUUCCUCUGAGGCCGACUCCGAUUGCCCCUUCUACAAGUGCCUGGUCUGCAGAUGCACGGCCCGCAAUCCUCAGGUCACAUUCUGCGGUCACAUCUACUGUGGCAAUUGCAUUAAAGAAUGGAUCAACAGCCAAAAUCUGCUCGGCAAGUGCCCCUAUUGCAACUCACUGGUGGGCUUCAACACGGUGAUACCCAUCAAUUCGAUUGGGUCUCGCUCCUGCAAGUCCGUUGAUGAGCAUCGCUACGAUAUGAAAUCCAUUGGCAGCAAUUCGAUGAGUGCCAUGAAGUUGGAGCUGAUGCCACGCACAAAGCGGCUGCACGAGCAGCUGCUGCGCGACCGCUCCACAACCAGUUGCUAUGUGAAGCCGACGCCUUGGCAGUUCAUCCUGACGCUAAUCAUGCUCUCUCUCUUCGCCAUCUAUCUAAUUGAUGAUGGGACUAAGUAACUGUAACAGUUCAAAUUGUGCACGAUGUUUGUUUGGUCAAAUGUUUUAAAUACAUUCGCCCAAUCUCUCUGUCUCUCUGGCGAAUGCCGUUAAUUAUGGUACUUAAAUGAAGGCAGUGGUUUGGGACCAGGGCAAUUAUCGGCCUGGCAUUUGCACAA